CCUGCACUCCUCCUCCUCCUCCUCUUUCGCGUUCCCUUCUUCCUCUCUCCUUCCUUUCCUCCCUCCUUCCUUCCUGCCUGGGGAGGCCCUCUUGGGGACUCUUCGGCCGCCCCUCUGGACCAUGAACCGUCGGAAAGACACUCGCCGCGCGGUGGAGAUCCUCUCUCGCUAUCAAGGCACCCUCUGCUCCCCGGCAGAAGAGCCGCUGCAGGUCUCCCUCGAGAAGGUCCUCCACAUCUUCAAAAGCGAGCUCUUCCAGGCACUAUUGGAUAUCCAGGAGUGCUAUGAGCUGAGCUUGCUCUCUGCUUAUGAGGAGGAUGGGAAGGCCAUACAUCUGUCCAGGACCCUGGGCAAUGGUGUCCCAAAGAGCUGUCCAGAGAAGCCUAACCAGGAGCAGGAGGCUGAGGCCUUGCAGGUAGCUGUAAGUUCCCAAGAGAAGCAAACCAGUCCGGUUUCCCCCCUGAGCCUGAGAUGCCUCACUUUGGGAAACGAAUAA